GGUAAGAAGGUCUUGUAACGAGUUGUUGAGAGUGGGGACGAACCUACAGUAUGCACGAAUCGGCGAACACUGGUUCUAGCCAACCAUCAGAGUACAGCCGAUGUACCAAUGCUAAUGUCUACAUGGAACCCUCGACCUGGAGUUCUCUCAAAUCUCAUGUGGAUCAUGGACCGCGUCUUCAAAUUCACAAACUUUGGCAUCGUCAGCAUGCUGCACAAGGACUUCUUCAUACAAGCGGGAAAGGCGAGACGUGACGUAUCUCUUGAAGAGCUAAGAGAGCACAUUCACCAAUACUACAUACCUUUGGGGCGACAAUUCAUGGUGCUGUUCCCCGAGGGUGGCUUCUUGCACAAGAGGAGAGAGAUUAGCCAAAGGUUCGCCGAGAAGAACAAUUUGCCUAAGUUAGAAUAUGUAUCUCUGCCUCGCGCUGGAGCUUUGAAAGUGAUUAUGGAAGAAGUUGGACCCCACAGGGAUCAAGCUAGUACAUCUAAAAGUGAUAAUAAGAAAGAAAACAACGUCAACCACAACAAUACCAAGAUCCUGGAUACCAAAUCUGGAGACUGCAUUGAGUGGAUCCUAGAUGUGACGAUCGCGUACCCAGAUCGUAUUCCUCUGCAUCUGAUUGACGUGGUGUGUGGCUUCCGUGAAGCCUGCUCCACUCAUAUACAUUAUAGAUUAUAUCCUAGUACUGAGGUACCUUCAGACCCCGAAGCCAUGACGAACUGGCUGUACGAUCGAUUCAUAGAAAAAGACAAAAUGUUAGAAGAAUUCUACCGCACUGGGCAGUUCCCGUCCAAAGGGAACGUGCCAUCAGUGUCACGAACAGUGAGACAGGACAACGUACGAUAUCUCAUAUUGCAUUUAUUCUUCAUGGCAUCCACCUUUAUGCAAUAUAAGGUGCUGUGUGCGUUACUGAGCUGUAUUUGGUAAAUUUUAUACGAUUUUUGUAACUCAGCGUCUUUAAAUAUUGAAAUUGGUUUACAGUUUCUCACUUAAUAUAAAUAUUCAAACUUAUUAAGUAUAACAUACGCUAUAAGUCUUACAACGCAAUAUAUAAAUCUUGCUUCAAAGCUCUGGAUUAUUCCGAUUUAUGGUGUUGAAUUUUUUUCUUGAAAAAUUUAAUGUAUAAUCUAAGAAUCAGAUACAGAAACGUGUCUGAUCUAUGGAGAUACAAUAGAUACAUAUUUGUAAAUUUUCGUAAUAGUCGAUAAAUAUAUUCAAACAUAUACACACAAUUUUCAUAUAUUUAAAGACGCACGCCAGAUAAUGCUAAUGAAUAAAAGUUUGUUGUACACUAACUUAAAUUUCAGACUUAGUCAAAUUUAGUUUUUGUACAACAGAAUUGCACCAUGAACCAAAUAGAAAUAGUUUAGGGAAAUAAAUGUUGUAUCGCCAUAAAACAACUUAAUUUCACUAAAUAUCUUAUAAGAUAGUGGCGCAUGUAAUAGUCAAUGGCUAACUAAAAAAAUGAGUUCCACAAAACAGACUAUAAAACUAAAUUUACCUUAGUCACACUGGAAGAACAGUGUCUACCAGUAACUUAGUAGUCAUGAUAUGACUAUAACUGUUUUGUUAUGUCUAUAGUAGAAAGAAUUCAUUUAUAAAAAGGCCGUGAUGAAAUUUGUAAUUGUGAAUACAAAGCGUCCGUGUUAUCACCAAAGUGAUUUGAAUAUUUCACUGUUUUUUUGAGUCCAGGAAAAUAGCAGAUGUAAUAAAUGAAAUAGUAAAAUAAUUGUAACUUAUAGAACAAAUUUGUCGAACGUGUGUGUGAGAAUUUAUGUGCUAAUGAUCGAAUGGUUUUAGUUCUUUGAUAAAUGCUUUUGCAAUGCAGAAUUGUUAUAAAAGGCAGCUAUAUAACAUAUAUUUUACGAGUUUAAAUAAGUACAGUGCAAGUUCGUUUACAUUGACUAAGUUUCGUGUUACCUAUGACAAAUGUAACCUUAAGGUUUAAAAAAUAACAAGCCAAUUAAGGCUGACUCUUUGAACCGUGAGAUUUUCUUAUUUUAUUUUUUCACUAUCCAUGAAGUCAUACUUGAAAUUGGACCUCAAAUUCAAUUUUUAUAAAAAUCGCUAAACAUAGCAUUGAUACGCGUUUUUGAGGCCGAUCUUAUUAUUUUAGUGGUUUGUUCGUUGUUUAGUGAAAGCUACGAUAAUGUAUUCAAGUCGUGCUGUGACAAAUAAGUCAAUAUGUUAGGCCUUCUAGAAUUAAUUUGCUUUUCUUAUUGUUGUUUUAGUUGUAAGUUUCUUUCUAUAUUUAAUUAAGUAGGUACCACUCUCUUAUUUAGUUACAUCUACUUACAUCGCAAUUUGUAUGUAAGUAAUAUUUGGAAACGAUUUUGGCUGCGUAAUUCAAACAAAUAUUAAAAUAGUAGUUCAAGAAAUAAAUGUGAUGUCAUUCACCGCACAAAGGUCAAGGAUAAUAUAUCAGAUGUCAUAUUUCAGAUAGGCAUAAAAAGUGAAUUGUGAUGAUUCUUGGAUCUGCAUAAAGUCAUAAUACUAAUCAUCAGGCUCUUUCUAAAGGAGUACUUUCAAUGUUUUAUAUUAUAUUUGUCUAUACACGUACGUAGAAACUUUUAUAAAAUAAAUUCGCUGGAGUUAAGCAAACUAAAGCAAUACUUCUCGUAUUGCGUCAGCAGUUUACUGAAAGCAAGCCAAGAUCACGUUUCACUGUAUUUGAUUUUACCGUAUUUACUGUGAAAUGAUAUUGUCAAUUUACGCUUAUAAAUCGGAUUAUACAUCACACGUCGUUUGGUUCAUUGAGAUCGGGUUAUUAGAAAAACAAAGCUUAAAAGACCAAUGGUUAGAAAAUAAUUGCGGUUCAUAAUAAAAAAAUAUUUGUUUUAAAUAUACUACUUUCCCAAUUUUAAGCAAUUAAUUAACGAAGCAACAUAAAUAAUAACUAGUAAUAUUUUGGAUUACUUGAUAACUUAACGCAUGAAAAAAGAAGAUUUUGUUUAACUAUUAUGACGAAUUUAUGUUUUGAGCUCUUUUAUAAAUGAAAGAGUGGUACCUGGAAAUUGUAUGGAUAAGGUUUGUUUUAAUUUCCCUAUGGUUGUAUUUUCUUUUCGUCGUUUAUUUUAAUAAGAUUUUGGAAGAUACGGAAUUUUGUUUGUUCAUUUUAAUAAAGUACCCAUAACUAUUUACAUGUAUGCAAGGACGGUAUAAGAAAUACUAUGUUUGAUUUACAGAAUUGCAUGUAAAGUUAACACGUGUACUGCAAUUCAUAUAUAAUAUCACUGCGGUACGAAUGUAUCUUUUUUAAGUCGCUAAUAUAGGUUAAGUUUAUACCAUAAAUUCUAGAUAGGACAAAAUUGUUCCUUUUCCAUAUCGUGUACAGUUUAAUAUAAAUUAUAAUUGGUGAUUUUUGUAACUAAUGCCAAAACACGUUUGCCGUAAGUGCCUAGGCUUAAUUGGUAUAUAGCUUAUUAAAAAAAUAGAAAAACUUUUUUAGUUCAUAUCAAGAUUUUGCACGUUAAUAAUGCGAAAGUCAAAAUCAUUGUCUGAUGCUAAGAAAUCUGUCAACAUGUCAUUAUAAUUUAAGUGCAAACAUAAUGUUUAACGGUAAAUGUAUGGUGUAGCCUUUAUAAUUUCAGUGAAUUGCUAUCCAAUUUUAAUUAAUUUAAAAGCCUUUUGCUUCUGUAGCACACAUUGCAGUGUUUGCGUAUCUUUGACGUUGUUGCAGAUUGAAUUUCCUCUAGAGGACUCUAUGGUAUUGGAAAUAGCUGCAAACAACUAUAUAAAUGUACAUUAAAUUUGUCCCUUUCGUACCGAAGAACCAAUUUCCCAAUUAACCAAAAAACAAUUCAUAACUAUUGUGGAUAACUUUAAAUCAUUAUUUCUAUAGAAAAUAGUGCGUUUAGGUUAAUUUUGAUAGAAACACUUUACGGUUAGUAAGAAACUGGAAAUUAUUAAAAAUUAUAUGUGGCAUGGGAUGAUGUAGAGAAGUGUAGGAUUUUUACUUAAAUAUGGGUCUACCUUUUCACAUAUGUUUAAUGUACAUACACAAUCACUAUAGAGUUACUGAUCAUAAUAAUCCGUCAAAAAGCUUUAUUUAAAGAUUUACAAAGGAAAAUGUAUGUGAAUCGAUGUUUGUGCUGUUCCUAACAGUACAACCUAGAUCACUGUUAAUACUUUUAAACAGUGUAGAGAAGUCAUGAAAUAAGUUUGAUAAACAUUUUGGAUCCAUGCAACCAUCUGAGACUUUAACAAUUAUAUUUUUAAUUGACGUUCAAGUUCCUUUUCGUGUAAGUGCCUUCAAAUUUUGGUGAACUUUCAAACUGAGCAACAACAAACAAUAAUUUUAAUAUUAGUUUAAUGUUUUUUUUCUCAUUAUGUUAAUUGGUAAAAGCUCUAAGACCGACGUAAGCCCUUUUUAAACUCUUGGCUAAUUAAACUUAUUAACCAUAAAAAAGUUAACGAGUCGGUUAACUAAAGCUAUCUAAGUAAUUCAUUGGGUUUUUUUUAAACAUAUGUCAUUUCGUCAUUUGGGGUUUCAUUAUUUUAACGGGUUUUUAGAAUAAGAAUGUUAUGUUUGAAGUUAAGUUUGUUUAACAUAGGAAGAUAGAGAUGAUAGCGCCCUUAUUUGCACCUUAAUUUAAGACCUCUAAAGCAAGCAUAAUGAUGUCUUUCACGAUGAAUUUUUGAAUGAAUACUGUUUUUUCAUACUUAUUUACGAAGUAAAUAUAUUUUGAAAGUGUAAGUUGUCCCAAUAUUUACAAACUUUAUGAUCGCAAACUGUGCUAUAUUAUAUUGCAGGAAGUGGCCAUCCAUUAUUAAAUGUGAGGAAAUUUAUAGGUAAAUCGGAAAGUGUUUUUCGUUUUUCAUGAUUGUCAGGUAAUUUGGAAAAAUCAGGGAUAGUGGUAUAAAUGAGUGAGAUAUAUUUUAAGUGCUAAUUUUUCACUUUACUGAUGUUGACUGCCAUGAAGUCGGUAUUACACUUUAUUUUUGUUUAAUUGUGCUUUUGCUGGGGCCGUCGAUGUUUCUAGAGGAAAUGUAUUUUUGUUAAGUGUAUCGAAAGCCCCGGAAAGGCUUUGCUGUACAUAAUUUGCGAAUAAUGCUCCCUGUCUAUAAUAUAUGAAUAAAGCACAUUGUGUCACUU